AUGAAUACUAUUGCACCCAAUUUGACUGCUCUUGUUGGGAAGCUUGUUGGUGCUCGCCUUAUUGCCCAUGGUGGUAGCUUCCUUAAUCUUGCAAAGCUGCCAGGGAGUACUGUACAGAUACUUGGUGCUGAAAAGGCUCUCCUUAGGGCUCUAAAGACUAAGCAUGCUACCCCAAAAUAUGAGCUUAUUUAUUAUGCAUCAUUAAUUGGUCAGGCUGCUCAAAACUUUAAGGGUAAAAUUUCUCGGUCACUUGCUGCAAAGACAGCAUUGGCGAUUAUAGAAGAUGCUCUUGGACAUUGUCAACAUAAUUCAAUGGGAUUGGAAAACAAAGCCAAGGUGCUUGUGCUAUUCUCUACUCCUCACGGUGCGUUUGUGGAUGAGGAAAUGCAAGAACUUCCUGUUGCUGAAGAAAAGAAAGAAAAGAAGAAAAAGAAGAAAGAGAGAAGUGGGGACGACGAUGCUGCUCUACAAGCUGAUGUUGGCAAGGACUCAGAUCAGGUAGAAACUGUAAAGAAGGAGAAGAAGAAGAAACGUAGGGAUUCUGCUGAGGAUGGCCAGGUGCAGGCUGAGGAGGAUUACAAAGACGGUGAAUUACAGUGA